UCAGGUGCUGGAGCGAGUGCGCACCGGGCGGAGCCUGGCUGUUCGCCCGACGCCUCUUUGGAGGAGGGCUCAGCGCUGCCGGAGUCGUUAGUUCGGCGCGUUUUUUUCCAGCCUGUCGGCCCAAAUUGGCCUCGAGUCAGCUGAUGUAGAGUCACCGGCGAACCCUGCGAGGAGGCAGUUGCAGGGGCACGUUCGCCUGCAUGCCUCCUGCUUCCCGGAUCCUUCAGGAUGCAGCACGUGUCCUACUUUCUCCCUGAGCCUUGGAGUCCCCCUCUGCACAGUUUAUAUACACCCCAGGCCGGCGAGGAGGCUGACCUUUGGAGUUUGUGCGGUUUUCAUACUCUGUUCAUACACAUUUGUAUAGUGUCUGUUUCCUGCCAGACACAGGCGUAGAUAUUUUGGAGGAAGAAGUGAAUGAUAGGAUAGGUGGAUCCUAUCUGUGGGGCGCUCACAGUCCAGGAGGGGAUCAGUAGUUAGACAGGGGCUUGAAUGCUUGGAAAUAACCUCCAUUACUCCUUGUUUAGAAUCCCCCAGGAGGAGGCUGCCCGUUCUACCUCUUGUGGCCACGAUGCUGACCGCCCGUCUCUUCAGACCUCUGUCACAGCUCCCCAGGAAAACCCUGAGUUUCUAUGAUAGAGAAAAGGUAACAAGACGCAUGCUGCUGCUUUACUCCGCCUCUCCUGUCCCUGUCAGCCGGCGCACUUACUCCGACAAGGUGAACCCGGUUGGCAGCAAAGCUGUCCUGGUCACAGGCUGUGACUCGGGAUUUGGGUUCUCCUUGGCCAAGCAUCUGCAUUCAAAAGGCUUCCUUGUGUUUGCUGGCUGCUUGAUGAAGGACAAAGGAAAUGAUGGGGUCAAGGAGCUGGACAGCUUGAAGAGCGAUCGACUGAGAACAGUUCAGCUCAAUGUCUGCCAAAGCGAGGAAGUAGACAAAGCGGUGGAGAUCGUCCGCUCGGGCCUAGAGGACCCUGAGAAAGGCAUGUGGGGCCUGGUUAACAACGCGGGCAUCUCGACUUUCGGAGAUGUGGAGUUCACCAGCAUGGAGACCUACAAGGAGGUGGCAGAAGUGAACCUCUGGGGCACGGUGCGGAUGACAAAAUCCUUUCUGCCCCUCAUCCGAAGGGCCAAAGGCCGUGUUGUCAACAUCAGCAGCAUGCUGGGCCGCAUGGCCAACCCAUCCCGCUCCCCAUACUGCAUCACCAAGUUCGGGGUGGAGGCUUUCUCUGAUUGCCUGCGCUACGAGAUGUACCCGCUGGGCGUGAAGGUCAGCGUGGUGGAGCCUGGCAACUUCAUUGCUGCCACCAGCCUCUAUAGCCCCGAGCGGAUGCAGGUCAUUGCCAGCAAGAUGUGGGACGAACUGCCCGAGGUGGUGCGCAAGGACUAUGGCAGGAAGUACUUCGAUGAGAAGGUCGCCAAGAUGGAGACUUAUUGUAACAGCGGCUCCACAGACACCUCGCCUGUCAUCAAUGCCGUCACCCACGCUCUGACCUCUGCCACCCCCUACACUCGCUACCACCCCAUGGACUACUACUGGUGGCUUCGAAUGCAGAUCAUGACCCACUUGCCCGGAGCGGUGUCUGACAGGAUCUACAUACACUGAAGAGUCUCC